UUGUGUUUUAAAACAGUUGUUUUUUCAACACAAAAACAGAUUUCACAAUCUCAACUUUACGAAGAGCUUCUCUUUCUCUCUCUCUCGGUUUCGGAUCCGUGCGAAGCUCUUUAACCCCAACAAGUGCUUGUUGAAGCAAAAUAAUUGGGAUGCAGAAGGAUGGGGUUAUAUAGCAGCGAUUACCUUUUGGAGGCUACUAAAUUUCAGUGUGCAUUGUUGUUAGUCUUCCUCAUCCUUCGUGAUAUCAAAUAUGCAGCUCACGGCACACUUAACUUCUCGUGCCAGAUGCACAAUGAAGCGACAACCCUUAUACAUCUCGUCAUGCUGAAGCACAGUCUUGUAGGAGACGGUUGAGCUCCGUAACAAGGCCUCCUGCCUGUUAUAAACGAGCAUCAUUACAGCAGGAGAAAGUUAAUUGUAGUUGUUAUUAGGAUUGUCGGUUCAAAUGGAGGAGAAGAAGGGAAAUGUAUUGAUGCAAAAAUAUGAGUUGGGGAGAUUAUUAGGUCAAGGAAAUUUUGCUAAGGUUUAUUAUGGAAGGAAUCUUGAAACGGGACAUAGUGUAGCCAUCAAGGUAAUUGACAAAGAGAAGGUUCUCAAGGCCGGACUGAUCGAACAGACAAAGAGAGAGAUAUCUGUUAUGGCACUGGUUAAGCAUCCAAAUGUUCUGCAGCUAUACGAGGUUAUGGCAACUAAAUCUAAGAUUUACUUAGUGAUUGAACAUGCCAAAGGCGGUGAGCUUUUCAAAAAAUUGACAAAGGGGAGGCUCAAGGAAAAUGUAGCUAGGAAGUACUUUCAACAAUUGAUUAGUGCUGUUGAGUGUUGCCACAGCCGAGAUGUUUAUCACCGUGAUCUGAAACCAGAAAAUGUGCUGCUGGACGAGAAUGGAAAUCUUAAGGUAUCAGACUUCGGAUUGAGUGCGUUGGCCGAGUCUAAGAGGCAGGACGGCUUACUCCACACAACAUGUGGAACCCCGGCUUAUGUUGCACCUGAGGUGAUUAGCAGAAAAGGAUAUGACGGCGCCAAAGCUGACAUCUGGUCUUGUGGUGUGAUCUUAUUUGUCUUGUUGGCUGGUUAUCUUCCAUUCCACGACUCAAAUCUUAUGGAGAUGUAUACGAAGAUAAAGAAGGCUGAGUUCAAAUGCCCAAAUUGGUUCCCGCUAGAAGUGCGGAAAUUAGUUUCCAAGAUCCUCGACCCGAACCCUCAUACAAGGAUUUCCAUAGCCAAAAUAAAGGAGAACUCCUGGUUUAAGAAAGGAUUGGAUUCAAGAGAAGUUGAAACCAAAGUACAAGAAAAGGAACAGUUUAACCUAGAUGCCAAUGCUAUUAGCGGUGCCUGUACACAUAACAGUAUCUCUCCCUCUGCAUCAAAAUUAGAGUUGCCAAAACCUACAAAUCUAAAUGCAUUUGAUAUAAUCGCUCUUUCAAGUGGAUUUGACUUAUCUGGUUUAUUCAUAAGAAAGGAUCAGAAGGAGGAACUGCAAUUCAUUUCAGUGAAGCCUGCCUCUGCUAUCUUGUCCAAGCUUGAGGAAGUCGGCCGGAACCUAAAGCUGGAAGCAAUAAAAAAAGAAGCUGGAUUUAUAAGAUUAGAGGGAGUAAAUGCGGCUAGAUAUGGGACUCUGUCCAUUGAUGUGGAAAUUUUUGAAAUUACACCGUCCUUCCACUUGGUUGAGCUGAAAAGGUCGUAUGGCGAUAAGGUGGAGUACCAAAAGAUGCUGAGACAAGUUAUAAGACCUGCUCUCGAGGAAAUUGUUUGGUCUUGGCAAGGUGAGCAGCCAACUAAUAGUUAGUAGAGACACUAAAAAGAACUUCUGAUGUCCUGAUAUUCACUCUGUAAGUCAUUUUCACUUUAGCAAUCAGUUUUUACAGUAGUACUUGUCUGUUUGGUUUUUUGUCCUAAUUGUCAAUUAUACUAUGUAUCAGCUUGUUUUAGGCACUUGUCUAAGCAUAUUAUAGACACCUUAUCUUAUUAAUUUUUUCAAGUUCUUUUGCUGUUCUUUUACUGCUGUAAUUCAUGAGUGAUCUACAUUUUUCUGGCU